CGACACCGAGGCAUCUCCACUAAAGUCCAAAAAGACAAAUCAUGUCUGCACCAAAACCAAGAGCGUGUACUGCUUUAGUUCUAAUUUUGAUGGCUAUCCUUGAAUCAGCACAAUCAGCACCGACGAUCAAGACUUCUGGGCAUUGCGAAUACCGUGGUUACGUACCUGGAGCCAUCAACUCAGUAUCAAGAAGUCGAGCUGUCAAACCUGCGAAGUUUGAAAGCACUAUUCUUCAGCAAGGUCUGGAAUACUUCAACAAGGGCAGUGGAGUGACUGCUGCAACCCUCGGAAUGAUUGAUGCAAUUGGUGAUGUUAUGAAAGCAGCACCUCAAAUGUCAGCAGCUAUCGGGAUCAUUACGGUUGGGGUUGGAUUUUUUAGUAAGUCGCCUUCACCACAAGAUAUCUUGGAUAGAGCGUUCGAGUCUGUCAAGCUUCUUUCCGAAGAGGUCAACGUCAUGAUGGAUCAAAUGCAAGACUAUGUUGACGCCAAGAAUAUACAGACCGAAAAAAACAUUAUGAGUAACAACUACAGAGAGCUUUUCGAUAAAUGGUCUGGGUGUGUCAGGGAGGUGAAUAUUCCGGAUACAAACGACUGCCAACGUCGUGCCGUCGAAGCUCUACGCACCAGUCGUUAUCACUUCCAGCCGCUUCACAAGGAAUUUGAAAAAAUGAAAUGGCAUCCUGAUGAUGGUGCUGUACAGUCUUACAAUCCUAACUUUAGACAUAGAGCCAGUGGCGGUUGGUGGCAAUUUUUGGAGAAGUAUUGUGGCGAAGGUGUAAGGGAUCUGCAAUGUGUGACACACAAUCAGGUUAAACUCCUCGAGGUUGGAAUUAUACCAUUCCGGGACUUUGCAUCACUGCACCUCCUCGCACUCAAGACUCUAGAAGCGUCCUAUCGCGCACAGCCUAUAAAUACUGACAAACAAGCAUGUGCCUACUACAAGAGAUACGUGAAAGAAUUGAUGGAGGCGGCUGAUCUUUAUUAUCGAUACGCUAGGUGGUCAUACGAGUGGACUUACAUCAGGCAAUACGAGGAAAACGAUUUCUAUGGUAUUAAAGAAAGGCCUUCUGGUCGAGCAGAUAGUGCUUUUCGGGGUGGGUAUUUGGGGACAAUCAAGUGUUCGGGAGGAAAGUGUGAAGCUGAAUGCACGCAGAUGAUCAACGACAACAAAUGUACCGCCACUGGUGGAGAAUAUGACGCCCGCAAUAAAUUGGAAGAAAAGUGUAAAGUGUACAUAAAUGAAGUCAAGCGCCAGUUGAUGGAGUUUUGGGACGAACACGUCUUGACAACAGCUGACGAAUGGAAGAAUUAUAGAGAAGAUGCCAAGGCGAAGAUGAGCGCUAAUACAUGUCGUUCAGAAUAAGAGCAGCAGGUUUUCUUAUAACUGAUAAAAUAUCUCGCACAAGGCACAUCGCAUUUGCACAUAAAAAGUAAAAACUUUCAUCACAAAAAAAUUGAAUGAAUGUCAUAAAUGAAAAAAAAAACGCAGGGACUAACGGAGACUUAUCCUGUAUUUUCUGAUGAAUUGUCAGAUUUUUCCGCUCAUAUUUACGCACACAUAGUCGAGCCUGCAAACUGGCGGGACGCAUGCAAGAGUGACACUAAAUGUAAUCUACUAUGAUGUAAUAAGAAACACAAGUUCAAAAUAAAAAUCGUUUCCACGAGGGAAAAA